AUGUGCGAUUUGUUUUCGGAAAUAUUCGUUAUUUUCGAUAUAUCUGAAUCUCCGUAUGACAGAAAUGACGAAUGCAAACAAGUCCGAAUUUCCGAUAAAUAUGUGUAUAGAUAUGAGGAGGCUAAGGAAGAUUACAAUGCUGCAGGGAUGGGGAGACAGGCUGGAGAAAGCACCAUGACAGCUGCUGGCUCAGAGCUUCGGUGCUCUAUGCCAUCCUGUGUCACUGCUUUCCAUGUUACUUGCGCCUUUGACCACAACUUGGAAAUGCACACUACCUUGGUGGAAAACGAUGAGGUAAAAUUUAAAUCCUUCUGUCUUGGGCACAGCAGUGGAGCCACCAAACCAGAGGAUCAAUGCAGCCAAAGACCUUCAUCAUCUGUCUCCCAAGCAGAUACUGACCAAACCAAGCAGGACCUAGAAAAGGUAAUGUUGAGGAAACAAAAGCUACUGCAGCUGGAGGAGGAUUUCUAUGAACUUGUUAAGCCAGGCGAGGUGGCGGAGAAUCUUAAUAUGAACAAGAACACAAUUGACUUUAUUUAUCAGUACUGGAAACUGAAGAGGAAGGCAAACCUUAACAAACCUCUCGUAACUCCCAAAACAGAUGAAGUGGAUGAUUUAGCUCAGCAAGAGCAAGAUAUAUUAUACCGAAGGCUAAAACUCUUCACACACUUAAGGCAGGAUUUGGAAAGGGUAAGAAAUCUAUGUUACAUGAUUACCCGGAGGGAAAGGACGAAACACUCCAUAUGCAAACUUGAAGAGCAAAUCUUCCAGCUGCAGAUGAAGCUUGUCGAAAAAGAUUUUUACCACGAAAAAGCAAAGAAGAAAAUAAAAAGGAAAAAAGCUGAUCCCAAACGAAAAAGCAGAGAGGGCCUGAGAGGAAGUCCGGAGAAAAAAGAGAGAACGAGAAGAGGAAGCGAUUCAGUUUUAGGACAACUGGGUUUGUCAUCAUCACUCCCUAUAGAUGGCACAUUUUUUAACAGCUGGCUAGCUCAGUCAGUUCAGAUCACCACUGAGAACAUGACAAUGAGCGAAUGGGCCUUAAACAAUGGUCACAAGGAAAAUAACACCUCUGGUCUUCUAUCAGAAGAACUGUUACAGGAUGAGGAGACAUUGCUAAGCAUCAUGAUGGAUAACUCGCUCAAAUCUCCUUUCACACCAAUGGAAAGUGUAAAGAAGGUUAAGAACAAAACAAGAUUGAAUGGUAGGAAAAAACUACCAAAAAGCAGUCCUGAAAACCUUUACAGGAAUCCACAGGAUGACUCUACCCAGUGGAAUAAUACAAAUAGUUUGUCAGAUGGGACUGAAAUACCUCCUGGCUACAACUCCAAAUCAAACAAAGCUGGCAAAGGAGCUGCCAAGGUACAAACAGAUCACAAAGGACCUAUUGAGAAAAAGACAUUGAGAAAGGGCUCUGCAUUGAAGGCAGAUGGUGUGCAUGGUUUCUCAGAUCAGAGUAAUUUAAAUAACAGUGAAAUGACAGUAAGAUACACACAACCCCAGUCUGAUUCUCUUGUCAAAGUGCCUGAGACAUUGGGUUGUGCAAAAACUGUGGUGAGGUUUAAAUUACCAAAGUGUGGAAAAGCAAACUUGGAGACAAAGUGUGAAGGUCCAGAAAGCGCAAAUGGAUUUCAAGUCAACGAAACGCCCAAAGAAAACCCCCAUUUAGACAAUGAAACUGAUGGAUACUACUCAGAUGCUGAGAUGACUGACUCAGAGGAGGAGUCAAGUCAAGCAAGGAUGCAGCUUAGCCAAUUCGACCCAUCAAAUGAUGAUAUUGUUCGAAUGAGCAUUUUGGCAUCUUAAUUCUUCAUUUGAAAUAAACUGGACAGCUCAAUGAUGCCUACAUCAAGAGAUGGCUGCCAUUUCCAACGCACCUGCUCUUUCCAGAAAAGUCUUUAACAUGUAUAUCUAGUAUGUUUUACAUAUAGUCACAUAUAUGUAACACAUAUGCAGGUUCAGCACAGUUGUCUUUAUCUGCUAGUUGACACAUUAAGCCUCACAGACACAGGUUGCUCUACUGUAAAUGUUUAAUGGUAGAUUACAUGCAUUUGCCAUUUAUUGCAAGCACAUAAGUUAAGGACUUGUGCUUGUUACCCCAACGAAAGCUGUUAAUGGAUGAUGGGAAAAAGUUAAACGGGCAUUAUUUUAUGUAAAGACAAUGAUGAAACAUACAUUGAAAGGUCCUCCCUUAAUUAAAAAAAAAAAAUCAAUACAUAGUAAAAUAAGCAAAAGGAUAAAAAAAAAAAAGCACAAAUAAUUGCUUAUUUGAAGAAAGCACUUAUAAGUUGGGAAAGGCAACUCAAGCUGUUUAAAGGUUUAAUCAUGUUCUUCUCCAACUCAUUUUCUUCCGUCCGGGACGUUUUUCGUUGGCCAAA